AUGUAGUCAAAUUUGAACCUUUGGCGCUGCCGCAAGUUGGUUAUUCAGUGCUAUUGGUGCUGGCUAUUGUUCACUUCACUAAGUACAAGCCAAAUCUCGACACAACGCUUGAAGCGCGGCGUAGUUUGCACGCUUCGGUCAAAUCGCGAAUUGUGCCAACAUUGUGCGGUUAGUUUGUGAAACGCUGCGAGACGCGCUACAAUCGUAACACUUCGAGCUACUGUAUAUGUACAUAUGUAUGUAUGUAGCUUACAAAAUUGCUGGGAAAACUCAAAAAUGUGUGAAAAUAAUUGAAAAGCUUGCUUUAAAAGUGGUGAACUUGUUUUUAAUAUUAUGUGCAUGUGUGUGCGUGUAAAAAGUACUUUUCCGUUAUAAAACUUAAAUGUCAAAACAUUAGUACAAAUAUUGGUGCAUUGGAGCUAAAUAUUGAAUAAUCCAAGUUAUGUAUCAGCAAUUUGUGAGAUCUUGAAAUAUAUCGCACGUUUGAAGAACGCUAAAAAAAAUAAUAUCCAAAAUAUAAAACACGAAAUGCUAUGACGAACAGCGUGAAGAAAAAGUGUCGAGAGUAAUAAAAUAAAAACUGCGAAUUAAAUGAAUUUAACAACAUUUUGAAAUUCAAAGAAGUGUUAAGAAUUCACACAGUAGUGUAAAGUAAAAACGUUUUGAUUUGCAUUCACGCUGUGCCUCUCAGAGCCGUCAACAUUUUAUCGAUAGCCUGUCCGCUUCGUUGCCCAUUUGAACUGAUAAUUUGAAAAAAAAAAAAAACCACAACAGGUUCCAUAACGAACAAACGCAAACUAUUUAUUGAAAGUCAUUAAAGUGACGCAACUGGCUAAAGGAAGAAAUCUCACAAUUUGUAUGCCAUUAAUAUUAUAUAAAUUGAUUAAAUUAACUAUUAAGCGACGGCAUAUUAGACAAUUUACUACAACACAAGAACAAAGUUAAGCAAUUAAGCCAGAGGAAUCAGUGUGAGAAGAGCAACGAAAGCCACCUUAAUACAUACGUAAAAUAUUUAUAUGUAUAGUCGUAUAUGUUUUGAUGCACUCUCAUGAAACUACACUUCCACUACAAAGACACAGAAAAAGUUUGUAAAAACAACAACUUCACUAUCGAACGUAAGCAGAUCAGCCAUAAUCAAAUUACAACGGAUAUCGUUACGUGUUAAAGGUUCCUAUAAUUUUUAAAGCAACAAACCGAAAUCAACAACAACAACAAAAAUGGCUAAAGAGCUACAUACACUUGGUUGGGACUACUUUAUGUUUGUAUUAUUCAUUCUAAUUACCGUCUUUGGUCCACUUUGGAAACGGAUUUUUGGCAAGAAAAAAGAACGCAGCAAGGCUGAUUAUGUUUUUGCCACAGGUGGCAUAUCCAUUGUGGCAAUUAUGUUAUCAAUUGCACGUGGCACACUGGGCGUUCGCACGGUUCUGGGUUAUCCCAGUGAGCUGUUCUACCGCGGCUCGGCAAUGUGGGAAAUUAUUUACGGAAUGGUCAGCGCGUAUCCCAUUGUGUGCUUCGUUUUUGUGCCAGUUUAUUUUAAUCUGGGCAUAACGUCCGUCUACCAGUAUAUAGAUUUAAGAUUUAAGAGUCGACUGGUGCGCUGCCUGGCUUCCGCUACCUACAUUGUGAGGCAAAUAUGCUCUCUGGGCAUUACCGUUUACACUCCCAGCGUCGCGUUGUCGACCGUAAUUGGCAUUCCCUAUUGGGCAUCCAUUGUGGGCAUGGCUGUGAUUUGCAUAUUUUUCACCACCAUGGGUGGGCUAAAGGCAGCAAUCAAUGCUGAUGUCAUACAAACGGCAACGGUGAUUGUGGUGACAUUAGCAGUUAUUGUGAAAGGUCUCAUGGCGAGUGGUGGCGCGCAACACGUUUACGAAGUGAAUCGAGAUCAUGGUCGUUUAAAAUUCUUCAGCGUCUCUGGCGAUAUGACUGUGCGUGUGGACACGCUCUCCGCCUGGCUGGGUCAAUUAUUCAUGUCUUUGUCACAAUUUGGCUGUCAGCAGAACUUCAUGCAACGAUACGUCUCGCUGAAGUCCAUGAGUCAGGUGCGCCGGGUAAUGAUGACAAAUAUACCCAUCGUCUUUGUAUUCUUUUCACUCUCCUGGAUAUCGGGCAUGGUUAUCUAUGCAACCUAUGUUAACUGUGAUCCCUACGCUGAGGGCUAUAUACGUAAACCCGAUGAGAUUUUACCCUUCUUUGUAGAGGAUCAACUAGCGGUGAUUCCGGGCUUUGUGGGCAUCUUCAUGGCAAUGCUCUUCAAUGGGGCCUUGUGCAUGAUGGUCUCGAAUUUAAAUUCAUUAGCCACCGUUUGCUGGGAGGAUUUCAUCUCACAACUGCCACAAUUCAAGGGGCUCAGCGACAAGCAACAGCUUUUCAUCCUCAAAGUCAUAACCGUUAUUUGUGGCUUAAUCAUCAUGGGCGUCGCUUUUGGCGUAGGCCUACUGUCGGGAGUAAUUGAAUCAUCGUUGUUGGCAUUUUCGGCCACAUCUGGUCCAUUAUUGGGCUGCUUCAUGCUGGCUAUGUUGGUGCCGAUUGCUAAUUGGAAGGGUACUUCAGCUGGCAUGAUUACGUCUUGCGCUUUCGUGCUUUGGAUUAUCACUGGCAGCGCUACAGUCGACAAGAGUGGUCAGAAUCCUUUCUUGCCAACAUCCACAGAGGGCUGCACAAACACAACUUUCUCACAAUCAAUCAAAAAACCUAAUGAACUCGGAGCAGCGUGGCUACUUUCGCAUUCGCUUGUCAACGAUACUGCACCUCUACAGCAAACCAUCGUAGCACCUGAACGCACCCCAUUGGAGACCUUCUACUCCGUGAGCUACAUGUACUACAGUUUGCUCGGAGCUGUAAUUACUGUCGGUGUUGGCAUUAUAAUCAGCUACCUCACACGCGAUCCAAAGGAUGCUUACGACGCCAAACUCUUGCAUCCGGUCAUAUUGCGUUGGUGCGAAAGUUUUCCCGGUGAUAAACCGUACAUAAUAGGUGAGGCCACCAGCGAUUUGACAACUGUGGAUAAAGGAAAAGGUGCUAACGUAAAUCAUGGAUUUGAUGUUCAAAAUGACGCCAACGUCAUCAUAGGCACCACCAAUGAAAAACAGAAGCACAACCCAAUCGAGGUUAUGUUUACCAACGGACAAAGUGACCAAAAAAUUGACAACACUGCUGACCGUUGCAUAGCCACCGGCAACCUGGCAAAGGCGGCCGAAUUGUAUAUACCCCCCAGUGGGGGCGAGAAUGGCACCUACCGUCAGUUCAAAGAAAAGGAAUCGGUGUGAUAUACUAAAACGAACGCACUGAGUGUGUGACCAUUGAUAUUCACAUCAUAGUGACUUAAGCAAAUUUACUUAAUACCUUAAUUAAUUUUGGCCUUCGCUAAUAUACCAUCUUUAGUGUUAGUAAUGGUUAAGUCUGAAAGUUACAAAUAACUUAAAAGAUUCUAAACUAACUGUUAGUGGUAAUUCUACAUUUGUACUAUAAAUACUAUAAAAUAUUUGAAUGCAAACGUAUGUUUAAAAACUUAGUUAGCUAAGUCAUUUUAAAUGGAUGGCGAUAAGUGUGCGAAACGAUGAUGAAGACACUGUGAUCAUUAAUUAAAUUGACUACCUACAUAUACUGAGCAAUUCAAACUACAUACAUACAUAUAUAUGUAUGUACAUGCUCACUACAUAUACAUUUAAUUAUGUAGUUAAACGUUCAUAAGUACUAUCGGAGUAAAAACAAUUUAAUAUGUUCAUAUGUAAAUUCAUUAGGGCGGAUCAAUUUUUUUAACAUCAUUCCUAGCAAAUUCAGAUUCUGCAUAGAAUAAGAAAAAAACCACUAGACCAUAGCUCUAAAGCCACUUUCGAACCCUGAAAAUUUUAAAGGAAGCUAUCUUUAAUCUAAUUAAUUUCGAAUAGCGGUCACCCAUCGGCAGGCAAUGGCACACCUCCAUUUGUAAUUUUGCCAUAAAAAAAGCUCCUCAUAAAAAUAUCUGCCUUUCGAAGUCGGCUUAAAACUGUAAGUACCUCCAUUUGUGGAACAAUACCAACACACACGCGACAAAUAGGAGGAGAAGCUCGGCCAAACACCCAAAAAAGGGUGUAAGCGCCAAUUAUAUAUUUUAUUUUUAUAUUUAAUUAAUAGGAAGCUAAUAUGGAGACUAAUAUUUACUUUAGUACUAUGAAAAUUAUUUUUUUUGUUUAAUACAAAUUUGUACUUGGGAUUUUUUUGUUACGAAGAAUUUACUUUGUAUAUAAAUUUUUGCCGCUAACUAUUAAAAUUUUUUUCAUGUGAUUUUUUUGCGUGGUUCGAUUUAAAUUAAAUAAAAAAUGCUUCGAUAAAAAAUUAGAUUAAAAAAGAGUUUUUUGUUACGAAGAAUUUACUUUGUAUAUAAAAUUUUUAUUUCAAAAACCUCAAGAUGGCGCUAACUAUUAAAAGUUUUUUUUUUCUUGUGAUUUUAUGCAGGCUUUUGGUCGAUUUAAAAUGAAGAAUGGUUCGAUAAAAAAUAAGAUUAAAAAAUAUAUAAAAAUACAAUUUACUUUGUAGCGCGAUCUUGCGAUUCUUUAAAUGGAAAAAUAUAUGUCCAAAAUACAUUUUUUUUGUUGCACACGAUGUCGAGCUUUAUAAGGAAGAAAAUUCGCAACAUCGUGUAUAAAAAAAUAUCCAAUAUCAAUGCGAUUGUUAUGCGGCUUUGAAUUUUCACUUUAUUGUAUUAGAAUUGAAGAAGUUUUCUAAAAGUUUGUAUGAGAUAAAACAAAUUUUGAUGACAAUUUCUUGAAAUUUGUUUAAUUUCUAAAUUUCGCAGUAAGUUGAAACUUGUAUUUAUAAGAUUUUUUGAAAGAAACCAUAUUUGUAUCAAAAAUCAAAAAAAAAAAUUUAUUGCGAAAAUUGUAAAUAGAUUAAGUGACUUAGUUUUGUGAGCGCAAAUGUAGCAUGUCUCUGAAUUUGUGGUGAUAGAAAUUGGCUUUAGAGCUAUGCAUUAUUGGGCUUUCUUUCUUAGAACGAUGUCGAACAAAAUAAUUCGUUACAAAUUGACCCGCCGUAAUGUAAAUACAGACAUACAUACAAACAUACAUGCAAUCCGAAUAUGGUUAUUUAGUAAUAUUAUAUAAACCGUUAUACAUAUAUACGAUGUAAGUAUGUAUUGAUGCAUUAGAAAUAAGAAUUCGGAAAUAAAAUAUAUAUUAUUUUUUUAUCCUUAAACAAAAGUCAUUUGUACAUUUUUUGAAGGACUUUAAGUACAUAUGUACACGUGUGCACACAUACAAAUUUACGCAUAUAUGAAUUGCAAAGACAAAUAUUAAUAUAAAUACAUAUAUAUAGGUAUAUAAGUACAUGAAACUUAUGUAUUAAAAAAAAUCAUACUCAAGUACAUAAAUUAAGUUGUAAGGCAAAGCCUGAUUUGAAGAAUAAAUAAAAAGAAUUGGAAUUCAUUUAAGAAAUAAGGAAAGUA